AUGAAUAAUACAACGACGGUUCACAACCCUUAUACGAGGGCUGCUUCCACAAACUACCAGCAACCUCCAGCGUACAUUUACUCACAACAGCGCCCAGCUCCUUCUCACGUGUACCCCAACGUAGGAUAUUCUUCACAGCUUCCUUAUAACUAUCAACAAACAGCAUUUCACCCGCAAUUAGUCGCGCCUUCAAAUUACGCGGCGCCUUACUCCGUUCUUCAAAGUAACAAUAAUACCUCCUAUGCACCCAAAAGAACUUAUUCCAAUUAUAGCAACUCUACUGUGUCAAGAAGAGUAACGCGACAGGAAGCUACAACACAACAACAUAGACCCAUGAAAUCUAAUAAGCUCAGGCGCAUUUUUUGGAGCACAUAUCCUAGUCGUCUUAAACAAGGCAAUACUGCACUUGUUUUGCCAGUUCAUAGAGGAAAGAAACGCCAUCGAGGUGCAGGUCAAAUCAUAACUGGAGAUGAUUCCGAUGACGUUGGAGAUUUUUUCGAGGAUGAUGAUAGAGGAACUCCUCCAUUAGAAAAGCGUAUAACAGCGGGACUUUUCACAGCAAAUGGAGAAAGUCCUAUCGUAAAGCGACCAAGAAUUAGAACUAGACAUGUUUACAAUUCUCAGAAAGAAUUAGAUCGCAAUGCAGAAUAUGAAGAGGUUCUAAUUCCAAUAAGGCUUGAUAUUGAUUUAGAUACCCAUAAAUUACGCGAUACAUUUACUUGGAAUCUCAAUGAGAAGUUGGUUUCGCCUGAACAUUUUGCGGAAAUAUUAUGUCAUGAUCUUGAUAUUCCGGCUAUUGAAUUUCUAGCACCCAUUGCAGAUUCUAUAAGAAAGCAAAUUCAAGAGCACUAUUCUAUAAUGGAGAGUAAUUUCCCUCCCGAAGAUUCCAGAAUUACGGUUAAUCUUGAUAUUCACGUCGGGAAAUUAAACCUUCGUGAUCGAUUUGAAUGGGAUUUAAGUUCAGAUUUGACCCCGGAAGAAUUUAGUAAAAUACUUGUAUCCGAUCUUGGAAUUGGCGGGGAGUUUGUCUCAGUGAUCGCGCAUAGCAUUCACGAGCAAUUAUUAAAGCACAAGAAAGAAAUAAAGCCGGACGAUUCGGACAAUGAGCGGGAACCAUUGAAAACCGUUUUCCGUUCUUUUGAAGACGCAGAAGAGUGGUGUCCUGUAUUAGAAAUAUUAACUAGUGAAGAAUUGGAGAAGAUUAGACUGGAUCAAGAGCGAGACAUUAGGCGAAUGCGUAGGGCGACCACACGAAACGUCACCAGAACUAAAUCAUUAAAGCCUACGACGUUAAACGGAAUCGACCAUUUGAGUAUAUCCAUAAAUCAGAGGAUGCGAAAUGACUCAAAGUUAAAUCCAGACGAAUUGAAUGUUUGGCGAUGUCUACAUUGUGGUAUAGACGGACACACCACACCUUUAGUUAGGAGGGGACCUGACGGGGGCAAGACCCUUUGCAAUGCCUGCGGUCUGGUAUGGUUGAAUAAGGGUGAAUUGCCGCCUCAUCGAAAAUUCCUGUUCAAGUAA